GUCUAUCUGUUCAGAAAGAACCUGAAUCACUUAUAACAACACAGCACAGCCAAAGCCCUUUUUUGGCGGUUCUUGGCACCUCUGUCGAUCCCUUCAAAACUCUCUCUCAGCACAUCACGGGAGUGAAAGGAAUGGAUGAAGAUCGUAUUGGGUUGAUCUUGGCUCGAGCCUCAGAGCUACGAUCCAAGAUUACCAACUGCAUUCACAAAGCACCUGCUCUAGAAUCAGACCACUUUACAACGAAAGAAGAGCGAGAAGGUGAAGAAGAAGAAGAAGAGGCAGAGAGCCUAUUGAACAUUCGCGAUGCCCUCGAAUCGCUUGAAGCUCAGCUAUCUUCUUUGCAGGCAUUACAACAGCAGCAAUGGUAUGACAAGGAAACAGCCUUGGCUGAGAUUGAUUACAGCCGCAAGAAGUUGCUCGAGAAGCUGAAGGAGUACAAAGGCGAGGACUUGGAAGUUAUACAUGAGGCUACUGCUUUUGCUGGUGAAACAGUUGAAGACAACAAUGAUCUCCUCCUUCCCCCAUAUCCAAGCCGGCCUUCUCGCUCCCUGGUGUCGAACAAUGGCUAUGUUGCACACUUUCCUCCAGCACGCAAGUUGGCUCAAAAUAGGGUAAUAAGUGGUGAUCCCAAAAAUGAAUUAAAAAAAGGUAUCCACGAUUCUGGGAGAAAUGAAGUGCAACCUGAAACCAGAGGCUCACUUAAAGGGGUGAGAGUAUUCAUCAGCAUGGUAGCCAAGUCAAUGCUUACAUUUGUUGGUGUCGUAUCUGUUCUAAGUUUGGCUGGGUUUGAGCCCAGGUUUAGGAGAAGGGAUUCUCAAUUUAAGAUUUUGGGUCUAUUUCAGCAGCAAGGGACUGAAGAGAAGGAAGUCAUGGUUCAGUGUCCACCUGGGAAGGUCCCAGUCAUUGAAAAUGGUGAAACUCGCUGCCUUGUGAAAGAGAGAGUUGAAAUUCCUUUUGAGUCGGUCGUUGCAAUGCCAGAUGUAAACUAUGGGUGUGGAUGAAAUGGUAUUUAUUUUCCUUCUUUUGUAUAUGUGGUGUGAUUGGAAUAAAUCUACGGGUCUGAUGAUGUAUGGAAUUUGUUAUGUAGCUGCAGAAAGUUUUGUCCAUGUCACCUUCAUCGUUGUGGGAUAACAAUUGCGCCUGUUAAGUAGUAGUAGUAGUGUUGCGUGGGUGUGUUACAGAUUAUCUACAUGUUUGUUUUCUUGACUCGAUUUCUAACCGAUCUGUUCUAUUUUUUGAUUUGCCAGUGGAUCCAUG